AUGGCGAGUCACUACUCGGCGGGUCGAGACGACUCAAGCGAGAAAGUUAGUCUGAUGAGUGAGGACGACUCGCCAUCCAGUUCUCCGACUCGCGUAAAUCGAAAGAGUUUGGUGAUUGUAUUCGGGGUUACUGUGGUGGCAGUGGCAUUCGUGAUCUCUGCAGUAAUAGUAUCCAUCUAUUCUGGUAAGAGAUGACUUUUCUUUUAGCUGCCUUUGUAAAGGUGUGCUUUCAGGAGGCGUUUAGUAGCGAUCAUUUGACGUAGAGUCGCGGACCGCCGACUUUAAUUAUGGAAGCCAAUUCAAGGCAGCUGUUCUUGUAAAUGAUGUUUUCCUUUAAAUUGGGAUAAGGUUUCCUCAAUAUCUUAAACAGAACAACCUCUAGUUGCCAUUUUUAGUUGUUUGAAAGUAUUGGAGGUGUAAUGUUUCGAUUGACCUCUUCUAAAACUGUCCUAUUUGCCUGUUUUAAGGUUUUAGCGACCUGUUUUUCGAGCGGUCUCUCCUGUCAACGAUCUGUACCCUCGAUUAAGUUAAGUCAUUAGCGUUAAGGGGGAUCUUUUCAGUCUAUUUUUUCUCCUUUCUCCUUAACCUCUGGCUUAUUUUUCUGAAGAAAAAAACUUAGAGCGUUGUUGAAUUUAAUCGCUUCCUCACUCACGUCGAUACACUGGGGAUAUCAUAUUACUUGUAAAAAAUCUUGCUUGCUUGACUUUGAUUGUAAACAAUUUCCUUAUGGUUCGAAACACCUGCUUCUUGUAUUUUCCCCGGGAAAGAUCAAUUUAUGAUCCAAACAAUGUCAAAAUUCUUCAAAGACUUGCUUUUAAUCGAAGCAUUGAGUGUGUUUGACAAUUAUAACGGGUAGCUGGCAUGAACGAUUUAUUUUUUAGAAAACGAUAAAUUGAAUAAAUUUUGGUAAGAUUCGUUGCCGGUUCCCGCAUUAAUUAACACCAAAUCGAAUUUGUAGGUUUCGUUAAAUACUUGUGUUUAAUUUGGUAUUUUCUCUGACUUUAAGUUUCAAUCAAGUUUUAAACUUAACAUCUUAAAUUUGGGGGAAAAAAAUGACGUACGUAUUAAAUGUAGUAUGUAAUGUACUUGAGUUAGAGUCAGUUGAAGUGUAUUUUUAUACUCCUGGUUUUCAUUGUGUGGGCUGUAAUUUGUGCAUUUGCAUGAUAACAUACAAUAUUUUUUCUUUUGCGAACUAGGAAACCAAAAAUAAGUGGGAAAAUGCCAAAGCAAUAUAACACUAAACUCUUUGAAAAGCACCCUAGGCAUUGAAUAUUAUGUGAAAUAAGUAACAAGGGAUGUGUUAGGUUGGCAGGGAAGGGUAAAUUUGAAGGGGGUGUUUGUUUUGAUGUUUUGUGAGAAAAAAAAGUCCUACGAAUUCUUUACAGGAUGUUUCCAUUCAGGCAAGAAAAUUUUUUAAAAAGUUCAUGGUUAAUUUAAUUAACCCUUUCAGGCCUAAUGAGAGCCAAAGUUGAAACAAUCACAAAGAAAUUUAUUGUUUGUUAAAACCUGAAAUAUUAACAGCUUGUACAAGCGCCCUACCAAAGAGGUUUCUUUUGAACAACUUUGAUUAAUUGGAGCAGGGAAAAAAAAGUAGGGAAAAUAAACUAAUCAAUGCAAGGGAGGCAAAACAAAAGAAACAAGAAAAAGUUGAGAAAUUACAUUACUGUAACAAAUUGUUCAAUGCCCAUGUAAAGGAAAAUAUUUUUCUGUUUUUUUUUUUUCUCUUCCAGGCAAAGGUGGACCAUUUUCCAACAAAGUAGCUCGUAGCUCAGAUAGAUUUACAUUUGAUGAUAUUUUUAGUGGUAGAUUUUCUCCUGCUGGGUAUUCCUGUCAAUGGGUAUCAGGUUGGUAUCAUUUUUCAGUCAAAUCCAGUUAAUUGAGACACACUGUAGGGGGCCAUAGAAAGUUUCCAUAUUUAGGGGGUGUUUGUCUUAUGCUGGUCAUGUCAUUAAAGAGGCCAUGCCGUAAAUUCCGGCAAGCGAUAUGACCCGAAAAGGAGCGACAGCGUGUGAAUAGUUUUUUUCCUUCAGAAGGAAUGCUCUAUUGUAGCAUAAGGUAUCUACAUUAACGAGGUUGCCUUUCUAUGAGAAUCUACUGUCCAUUGUCUGCAUUAAUGGUUUCUGUAUUAAGCAGGUUGAAUUCACAAUUUGGCAAACCAAGGUCACGGAACAUGUUUCUCCUUCUUACCUUGUGUACUUUCAUUGUUACUCUAAACCCCUCCUUGCUUUUCCAGUUAUGGUAACAUUCUAAAGGUAAGACCCUCUCCGUACAAAAGACUCUAUCCUAGAACUUGCCAAAAAGUCUCUUAUCAUAAGCAAACGGUUUAUUUUUAGGCGUUGCCCUCAAAUUAUUGACAAAAUAAAAGAAAUAAAAGGACAAAACUCUUCAAUCAAGCCUUUUGUAAAACAAAAAUUUCAUGCAUUAAACCCAUUUUGACGACAAGUGUUCAAGUUAUUGCCAUUUGCUUCCAUGUUGUCAAAUGCAUAUUAAUUUUCAGUUUACAUCUAGCAGUUUAUCAAGGCUUUCCCUUCAUUAGUUUAAAGUGUCAGAGAAGUAAUACCUGUUUAAUUGACAAUAUUAGACUUUGACUAACAUUAUUUCCGUGUCCUUUUCUUUCUUAGAUGAUGAGUAUAUUACUUCUAAACCUGAGGGACUAGUGUUAAUAAAUUUAACCAAAAAUAAAUCAGAUAUUUUGCUCACUCAGGAUGACAAGGUGAGUGUCAUUUCUUUCACUAAAAAGCUCAGACUAUGACAUGGUCAAUAACAAGGCACUACUUUGCUGCUUUUUUGUGUUUACAGUUUCUAUAGAAACUGAAACACUAUGCCAUCAUGUCGUGUCUGUAAUGUCUGUAACAUGCCUGUAAGUAGAGAAAGCGAUAAUUCUGAAGGCCAGAUUCCAAACACUCUUUGGUUCAGUUUGCAAAUUUAAGGAGAGUCUUUAAUGCUCUAUUUGUUUUCUAGUUUAAAGAGACUUUGAAAAGUCGUAAUUGUGAUCAUCGGCAUGCUGGAUGACAUGAAGGUGAAGUGUGACCUGUUGAGUCAGAAGAAAAUUGUUUUGCUCGAGACAAAGUCACGCUUCAUUUAAUGCUAGUCAUCGGCAUGCUAUGUGACUGAAGGUGAAGCGUAACUUAAUGCAUCAGAUAAAUUAGUAUUGCCUUGUGCGUUGAAAAUUUUUUCUCUCAUGCGAGAAAUCAUGUUCUCUUUUCUUGGACAAAACAGAUUACGUUUCAUGUUUUUAUGACAUAGCAAGCCCAUAAAAACGCAAGUGCACAACAGACAUAACAAAAAUUGUAAACACAUGCUCUCUUUAGAGAGCUAUUUUUAGCAUUGUACAUGGCUAUCACCAAGAAGCAGGGGUGAGGAAUUUUUCCUGGCUACUAAGAAUGUGGCCCUUGGCUACUUUCCUAGGAAAAUAAUAAAAAAAGUGGAAUCAAAAGAAACCCUUACUAGCUGUUUGAUUCCCUGCCUACUUGUUGUAAAUACCCGGCAACUUGACGUCUUAGUGACAGCCGUUGUAGUUGUACGUUUGGGUAUAAAAGUAACAAGGCCUCUAAACGGACCUUUUUACUUUGUUGAUUUUGACAUAAUUUUUUCCCAUGAUAAUACCAGUAAGGUUGUAUGUAAGGGAGAUUUUGUUUGUCCUUACAGGAUCAUUUUGGGAUCUCAACUCACUGGUUUUCCCCUGACAGGCAGUAUAUUUUGUUUACUAAACAUUAUAAACAGGUGAGGUGUAGUUUUUUAUUGUGUGGUUGUAAGUCAGUGCAAUAGAUGGAUAACGAAUAAAUUUGUUAUCAUCAUCUUCAUCAUCAUCCAAGAUUUAUGUUCUAAUGCUUCUCUUGCUGUAUUGAUGAAAGCCUGAGUAAGAAUCACUAACAAUAAUAAUGUAUUUAUUGUAAUAUUGUUUCAUUUCUUUUUUAUCUCCAGCAAUAUAGGUAUUCUUUCUGGGCAGAAUAUCAUGUGCUUGACAUGGCAAAAAAGUAAGCAUGUCAUUAUAUCAAUUUAUUUUGCUACCUUGAUGCCUGUGGCCUGUAGUGUGCUGUGUCUUCCAUUGUUAUUUGCCCUUAUCUUUUCUUUGCUCUUCCCUUGUCAUGAAAUGGACUCCAGUUUAUCAUAUUAUACGUAUAUAUCAUCGUCAUUAUUGAUGCUCAAAAUACUGGAAAUUGCUUUUUGUAGCUUCUAGUUUUCUGGCGGAACAGGCCUAUGGAUCCUCUCAUUCCCUAAUAUUAGCAGCUGCUCAUCGGAAAAGUUAUUAAAAUCCCUGUCCUUGUCAUUGUACAAUGACUGAUUUUCUCUCCCUAUCCCAUUUUUCCAACCAUACAGUCACCCGUCAGUUUCUCUACCCUCCCUCCCCUCUCUGUCCAGUUCCAGUUCCAGUUCCACUAUACUUCUCCAUUUAGCAAUCCUUUUGCCAUGGAGUUGCACUGUUGAAUUGACGUUCAAGUAAAGCAGGGAAGCCAGCUUUCACUUACGUGCUGCUCUAUGCUUGUUCAAUAGAGAUGUUCUGCACUUUUGAGAUACCAUUUUACUGAUCCAGGGGUGCCUUUGGUAUGCUGCUUCGGUUUUGCAAAAAGCAUCUUCUUUGUCAACAUAGCAUUUGGACAACAACAACAAACAUGGCCAAUAUAAAUGAAUUCCCUUUUGUACCUGUUGAAUUCAGGUUAAAAUUCAAAAAUUUCACCUGAAUUUAAUUUUGACCUGUAACAUACCCAUGACUCACCCUACUCCAACUGCCAUGUUCAUUCACCUUUUUUGAUAAAUUGUAUCUUUUCUUGCAGAACUACAACUCAAUUAAAAGCUGGUAUAGAGGGAGAAGAUCCAACUAAAAUACAGUAUGCAACUUGGGGAGAGAAAUCAAAUGCUUUGGUAGGAAACUGAUGCAGGCUAAUCUUGAAAAUAACUUGAGUGUUUGCAGCUUAUCCUUUCGGCUACCUUGCGAGUAGAGGCUACAUUUCCGACAACUGUUCAAUUUUCUAUCGUGCACGCGCUAAAUUUGUCAUGUGAUUCGCAAGCAAAAUUAAUCGUCAGGUUUGUCGUCAAAUGGCGCAAGUAUCAGGGAAUAAAAAAAUUGUGACAACUUUGAUCUGCAAUGCAAGACUCACACAAGACUCUCACAAUGCUCUAAACCGGUCAAGAACAGGAAAAAACGUUUUUUUAAAAUCUAUUUGUCCAGAUUUCUGGAUGGAUUUGAACGGUUGUUGGUAGAGGCUACUUUUCGCAUGCCAGCUCACACAGCAAAAAUGUAGCCUCUGCUUGCAGGGUACCUUUGGGCAGGCAGCUCUCACAUUAUGCUUGCCCUGAGCCACUUCUUGCUCAUCUUAGUUAACCGUUUAAGUCCCAAGAGUGACCAAAGUCAAUUUUCUCCCAACAAAAUCAAUACAUAAUCAAAGGAAAAUGUUGUGAGAAUCAAUAAAAUAAUCACAUGAUGGGAAAAGCUUUGAUAUGCAAACAAGUUCUCUUAACCAAUUCUUCCAGGAAAUGUAUGGAGAUCAGUCUGGAGAGUUUGUAGUUGGAUAUUGGGGAUUAAAGGGUUAAUAAUAAAGGGGUGAACUUGCUUGGAUCCUUGCCCUUUGGACAAGUAAGCUAUAAAAUUUAUCCAUUUGUCCUGGACUAACGGGUGGGACUUUUUUUGAGCCCUGCUUCUGGGUUGCCACCUCAAGGGAGGACAUGGAAAGCAAAGCUUUUUUAAUGUCAGAAACAGCUAAGAAGCAUACAAAGUGGGACCUGCAAUUAUUUGCUUAUUAAGAGUAGUUCCCUUAAAGGAUUGGUAGAAUGCAAAGCUAAGCAGAAAUUAAUGCACAGAUAGAUAUUUUUUUUCUACAAAUUCAAGGGGUGCUCUGUAGAUCAUGCGCUGGAUUGGGUGAAACUCUCAUGGGAUCAUUGAAUCGCAGUUGACCUUGAGUAUUGCGACAAGUUUGGUCAGCCUCUCAAUAACUAAUUGAUAACAUACAUUUUGGCCAUAAAAAACCAUGGAGCAUCUUGGUUCUUUGCCAGUGAAAAAAUAAUCAUCAAGUAGCAAACAUUUUAAUCCAACUAAUAAAAAAUUCUACUUAAUUCUGUGACAUACUGUGGAAGAUCAAAGCUGAAAACUAAAGAAGCCUCCUAAAGAAGCCAAAGAACAAUGGGAAAUGCAAGGGAGGUCUGGGAUUUCUUUCUGCAGUGCCUGAUAGCCAUAGUAUAUUCAUUGUAUUUAAGUGUGUCAUUUAUAAUAUUAUAUAUUGAUGUAAUUCUCGAACUUACUAUCUUCAUUGUAGGUUUUUGUUUAUGCCAAUGAUAUUUUUUACAUGGAGUCACCGUCAAGUUCUGUUGUGCAGUUAACGCAUAGUGGAGUAGAACAUAAGAUCUUUAAUGGAGUUCCUGAUUGGGUUUAUCAAGGUAAUUUACACCGUUCAUCUCAGUUAAUUUUCUAGUUUUUACUAUUAUUCCAUUCAGCAACAAACUUUCUAUCUGGAAGGUAAAAUUUUCAAAAGCGUCCAAGACAUGUAAUUAAUAGUAGAAACCUGUAAAGCUUCCAUUUGUUUUUACUUUCACUACGUUUUUCAGUGAAUUUGAUUUGAAUUCCUGUUAACAACCUUUUUUACCACUAUAUUUUCUCCAUGAACCAUUCUUCGUUUCUGUUGCGAGUUUAAGUUAGCCAGGAGCUGCAAUGUUUCAAUCCAGUAUUUUGAAAGACCUCACUUAACCCCCCACGUCUCCCCUCUGCAAGGAAAUACUGUGAUAACAUUUCAAGACUUUUGUUUGAUAACUUGCAAUCUUACAUCAGGUUUGUCUUUUUUUCAACAGAGGAGGUGUUGAAUUCAGACCACGCCCUCUAUUUCUCUCCUGAUAGCCAGUUCCUAGCAUAUAUUCAGUUUAAUGACUCAAAGGUCAACUGGUAUCAAUUUCCUUGGUAUGGAGACAGGAAGAAUGCCUAUACCACCAUAAGAAAAAUUGCUUAUCCAAAACCAGGAUAUUCAAAUCCCACAGUAAAGGUGUUUGUUAUUGACCUCAAGAACAAUAAACGGGUCCAGCUGCCUGAGCCAUCAAGUUUCAAGGACAUGUGAGUGUUUUCAUAGAUUUUCAGCGAUUAUUUAAUGGCACCUUGAUGUUCUCUUUAUGUUUUCAACUGCCCGCCUUGAUUAGCCAAGCUAACAUCAAGCCACUGGAAAUAGAUCUCUCUGCAUGCUACUUUCUCUGGGAUAAGUUGUUGUAAAGUAGAGUUGUAAUAUUUUAGCUGGCCCUUCAACAACAUUCCAGUUAAUUCUUUCAAGUGGGGAGUCAUGUAGACUAUCUGAGGGGUCACCAGCGUGCAAAGAAAGUAGUGUCCCAUAGCCUGGGGUUAGUGGAUUUUGCUAUCGGGCUAGUGAAUUCUGUUCUUAACUUGCCUGACUGGCAAGUGAAGUAUUUUGAGGAAUUCAACUUACAGAAGAACUGUGAAAUCAAUUCUACUCAUCAAAAAAUUUUGGGGCUAGUUGAAAUGACGUUUGGGCUAGUAAAUGUUAGCUUCAGCUUGCCCGAAUGGCAAGCUGUAAAAAUGACUUUCUUUGCGCCCUGGGUCACCCAGACCACUAGAUAAUUUUUUUUGUUAUAUUUACUUAACAUUUAUAUUUCAUCUGUUAGGCCAGGAAGCCUUCAUUGUUGGGUCACUGACCCAAGACCCAUCUCUUAUCUUUGACACUGCCUUGAAACUUGACAUAAAAUUACGUAUUAAGUUUUAGUGUUCUUUCUAUUUACAGCGAUCAUUAUGUAGUGAAUGUAGGCUGGGUAUCAGAAAAAGCUGUUUCUGUUAACUGGCUCAACAGAGACCAGAAUGAAGCUAUUCUCCAUAUAUGUGAACAGCAGUCAAUUCACUUCAUGUGUAAAGAAGUAAGUCCAGCGUAAUAUUAUUAUUGUAUUUUGUAUUUUAUUUUUACUCCAUCCUAUAGAUAAUACAUUAGUUGUGCAAUAACAAUUAGUACAAAAUUGAUUAAACUACGUGUACACAAUAAAAAAAAGAAAAUUAGAAUGGAGAAGGGCACAUUAUAGAAAACUAAUUAUGGGCAUUAAACGAGAUUGACUUUAUUCUAAUAUAGCUUUGUUAUUCAUUAAAACACAAACAUGCACGCAUGCACACACACACGGACACAAGUCAAUAUUGAGCAAGAUAAUAUUUUUUAAGUGCCUCUUUGAACAGAAUUUUCGAUGAUUUAUUGCGAAUAGAAAGGGGGAGAUCAUUCCAAUAAUAUUGUCCUGUUGAAUCGUUUCCAGGCAGUCCUUCACGUCUUGCUUCUUUCCUUUCUUUGACAUAUUCAAAUAAAAGACACUAACAGGAACUCUUACAUGAGAAACUAAAUUAUUUAAACACACAAAAAAGGAAACAAAAUCAAAACUAGCCAGCUUCAAAAGACUGCUCGCCCGGAAUUAUUGGAUAAGGCUGAGUAUAAUCUGAACCCUUCCAGAUCUACAUAAAUAAUAUCUCAAAUAAUAUCUUCGCGGAAAUGUAAGGAGAUCUCUCUAGAAUAUGGGUAUGUCGAUAUGGGGGUUAAUAUCAUGGGUGAUAAAUAAUAUUACUCCCUAAUUUUUGUGUAAAAUUUCAGCAUUAAUUUAAAAUUCCAUGUGUGAAAUUACAAAAUUGCUAUGGCAAUGUUCCGGAAACGUUUCAGUGUCAAGGUUUUAAAUGUUAUGAAUAAAGAUCUCAGGGCAACAAAACAUGCUUUGGGAAACCUUAAUGCACAAAAGAGCCCAUCAAGAAGGAUUCUAACAGUAUAUUGUUGAAAAAUUCAGAAAUUACAGAACUUAAGCCCAAGUUUAUACUUUUCCUCUUCUUGUAAAGCAAAAGUUUAGUAUUAAAAUAUAUCGCAUUUUGUUAACAUUUAGUUACGUAAUUUUGUAAUUAACCAACCAUUUAAAGACUACGAAUUCGCAUCUACGAGUUUUUGCAUCUUAGCAGAUAGGUCAGGGUAGGCGGAAUUUUAAAUUGCAUACAAGUGAACUCAUUCUGUAGAAAACGUUACAGUCAAGAAGACCUUUGCAGGGACUGAUCAAAGGACAUGAAAUAGAGUUUAGUUGCGAUAUUUCGACUGGCCAAUACCAGUCUUCCUAGGUUUAUUGAGAUAUCAUGAAUAAUUUACAGAAAUAUAUAUGAUGUAUUUUUUAAAAAUUAUGGCCACAACUAACUAAAUGAACGUCAGAAACAUAAGGAAUACACCAUCGCCUCUGCCUCAAAUCGAAGCGGAGUCUCAUUCGCUACAAAUUUCAGCUAUGUGACGUCUCUAACUCUUAAAAUUAGCCAAACCCUCAUCUUAGCUAUGAGAAGCCGAGUGGAAGUUUUAGUGUCUUGGGUACCCCAAAAGAUGUAAGUAAGGUCUAAAACAGUGCCACAUACCUCAGGCUCCUGUUAACGUAUUGGCAACAAGGAGAAGAAUCUGUCAUAAGAUAUAAUAAACAAGAAGAAACCCUGCAUUGUGAGCAUAAUUUGUCAACCCUGAUAUUGAUUGGUAAUCAAAUGGUAUAAUCUUGGAAUUAGAGAAUAAUUUCAUGUGUAUUUUGUCCAAAUUCUUAUGAUUAUUACAAUUUGGACAAAAUGUGCACGUCAUCACUUGAUUACAAAUACUGCAUGUAAUAAUGGAUCAUACUUACAUGUGUAUCGACCUUUUUUUGUAUGAUGAUAGUGGUUAUGGUGAUGAUUGAAGGCAGGUUUUCACUAGUGACAGAGUUGGAGUCAGAGUCACAAUCAGAAGCAUAGAGUAAAGAUCUAGUGAAAACAGCGCUCUGGUUCUGCUUACGACUCCGUCGCUUACAUUCUGCUUAUGAUCUAGUGAAAACUAAAUUGUCAGAGUCGGAAGCAGAAGCGGAAGAACUAAACCAAUCACAAAGCAUGGGAACGUGCAUUGUGAUUGGUUUAUCCUUCCCCUUCUGCUUCCGACUCCUACAAUCUGGUUGUCACUGGAUUAUAAGCGGAACAUGAGCGACUGAGUCGUAAGCAGUGUCGGAAGAAAUGGAAACGUUCUGAUUCCUCUGACUCCGAUUCCGUUGCUCUUAUGACUCUGCUUACGACUCCGAUUUUUGAUUUUCACUAGGUCAUAAGCGCUCUUACCACUCCGCUUACAACUCUGGUUCCGUCACUAGUGAAAAAGCAGUCUUAGGAAAGCGGAGGAUGACUAUAAUGACAUUGUUUAUGGACAGUGUACAUUAUUAAAUCCUUUAUUUUUAUUGUUUUCAGAAUUCCAAGCUGACUGUUAAGGGUGGCUGGGUGGAUGAUAAGGUGAGAUGUCUUUUAUUAUAUUUUUUAAGCCUCAGGGUAAGUUUCACCGUUGUCAGAUAUUUUCACUGUUGUCAGAUAUUUGCGCCUUAUAAGUUUUGAAAUUAAUUAAUUAAUUAAAUUUGGGUUCAUGGAGUAGGAUUAAUUCAACCUUACUGACAGGGUGGAUCUUGUGAACUAUCUUACAAAGUCUCUUUGUCAGUACCAUGGGAAAUGUGUGUAGAACAGUAUGGAAGUCGAUAUUGUUGCUAAAAUGGUGUUCUUAUUUUAUGUUGGUAGCACGAGAUAGUCAUUUGAGUGUGUAACAAACCUGAGGCUGAUAGUGUGUUCAUUUUAACCCAAAGAUUCCAACCCUGUCAACUAAAAAAGUGGAGGUUUUAAGAGUGGCAUAGCCACUCCUCUUGAGCGCCAAAUGUGCUAGCCUCUAGUGGGCCUGGGGCCAUGCUCUCCCACCUCUAAGAUGCCAUUUCCUGCAUUUUGAAAUCUCAUUCAAUGCAAAUACUGCCCUCAAAAUUAUCGCAGUCUCAUAGUUGGAUGCCAAAAGGGUAAUAACAUCUGAGAAACCACAGAAAAUUGGCAAAGAAGCGCACUACAAAAACUGGUUAAAUAAAGAAAUGGAAGAGUUUCAAACACUGGGAGAAUACUAAGCCAAAACAGGAGGCUGUAAACAUUUGCCAUUAAAAGUGGAGGUUUCCGACCAAAGCGGAAGGGCUGGAAUCUCUGUUACCCUCCCCCCUCUCCAUUACUGCUCUGUUUUAUGGGUAUUUUAAAAAGCUACUUCAAGCCACAUGGAAAAGAAAGAAUUGGAAAGAAAAAUUGGAGGUGACACCUGAGAAUCGAAUUUGGCACCUACUGUCCUGAAGGCUGUACACUAACCAACUGUCACAAUCCUUCCUCCUAGUGCUGAUUUUAGGGUUUUCUCUUAUCUAUGCUUAGUACACCACACCUAAAGCCUCCAAAGAUGGCUCAUACUACAUCACCCCCUGGCCAUUUCCACAAGGCUCUGAAGGAGACUUUAUUCACAUAGCAAAGAUGCGCAUGAAUCCAAAGGAAGGUGUAAGUAGAAAUGAUCUAAUACAAGCUGCGGAUAAAAAACAAUUCUGAACUUUCCACACAGGAUUAAACCGUUUAGCACUUAAAGAAUGGGAGGAAAACUUGGCCAAGUUGAUUUUCACAAAGGCUUCUGUGAUAGUUGCUCAAGACUUUCUAGUCAGCUAUUGGCUGAUUUUUUCACAAAACUUUACAAAACUCAACAAUACUAACAUCAAUGUAUAAUCUUAGGAAUCUUGAAACUGACCUAGCACUUCCAAGGCCAAAGACUAAUUUCCUCAGGCGUAGCUUUAAGUACAUUAAGUGCAUUAUUAAAAUGCAAGAUUUUCUAUUCACAUUUUAUCUGUGUUCUUAAGGAACGGCAAACUCCAGAGGCUUUGACAAGUGGACCCUGGGAAGUGUUAAAGAUUCUUGCGCAUGAUGAUAUGAAUGAAAUAGUGUAAGUGAACCAUAUAAGCUCCAAUAGUAAUGGAUUCUGUUUGGUAACAGUAUAAUAAGAUAGCCUGCAUCCCUGUUCAAAAGUUGGAUCACUGGAUAAAUCUCCAUUCAGUGGAUAACACCUAUCCUUUGGACAGCGUUUCAUAUAGUGGAUAGCGCUAUCCAAUGUUUGAACAACCUGGCACCUGGUACAUAUGUGGAGAACCUGAACAAGGAUUUUGGAGCUGUUUUAGUUCCAUCUGUGGCACAGGCUAUCAAUCAGAUAGAAUUAUUUACUACUGGAAUAUUCUGUGUAGCUGGUUUUAGCAGUCUCUUCUUAAAUUACUGUAAGGCUGUCCUUGGUAGUGACAUCCCACAUAGAAGUUGUGCAUGGAGAGGAAUUUGUACUUCACUAGUUGCCGUGAAUAAGACCGCCCUUUGAGACAGUUGAACACUAGCAAUAAACAUGGUGUUUGCAUAAAUUUAUGUCUGUUGUAAACUUUAAUAAAUUAUUGUAACUUGCAUACAGGUACUUCUCUGCAACAAAGGAAUCACCAACAGAGUCACAUGUGUACAGGUUUGUUAGAAAUUUAAGAUUGUUAAGAUUAUUAAGUUACAUUUGUGCAAAAAAAUACUCAUUGACUCCAAUCCUCAGAUAUAUUUGCAAUGACACAAAACAUGUGAUAAAAAUGAUGUUGGCAAUGUAACAUUUGACCUGAUUAGUUUACUUGCCACCAAUCACGUUAUUUCUUAUAAUUUAUUAUUGCAAUGGCAAACAGUAAAAUAGCUCAAACAAAUGCAAAUAUUUAAAAUUACUGAAGAAAUGGCAACGUUCUGUGAUUAUCCAGGAGAUUUCAGACUCUAAACUGGAGACCAGGAGAUACGGUCCCAGGGCUCCAAAUAACGGCCGGUCAACGGACAAUGUCCGGCCUGAUCGUGGGCUUGACCGGUCAAACUCUCGUCUGGCCGGUCAUUUUGACCGGUCAUUUUUGGAUGCUUGUCGCUUAAUGCGUUUUGCUCUAUAAUGCUGUAAUUCGCUGCUUUCUUUGGCUUUUUUUGCUGCUUUGCACUAAACCCUUUAAAGAAAAAUGUUCUGCUUUGCUGUGAUCAGUAAUGCGACCUUCUUUGGGAAAACAUUCGCUAACAAUAGUCUGUUAUUUUUUAGAAAACUAAAGGAUGAGUGACAGUUUUUGUCCAUCAAACGUUUCACAUCUACUUGUAACAGGAUUGUGAAAAUCACCUUCGACGGGAUUCGGGCUAAUUGAUCGCUCGUCCUGUACUGUUUCUCUGGGAAUAAAUUUCAGCGCAUCGAUUAAUUAUAAAAUUUCUUUAUGUCGAACAUAAUCUCAUUUGCAGACUCGAUUCCAGAAUUGUCUGAUAAAAACUAAGCUAAUCGAGAACGAACGUCGCCUAUCUCUGCUAUAUCGGCACUUAAAAUCCUCCUUCUUGAUAAGCCGUUCGCAAUAAAGUGUUGCGCGACGACCCAAACGAAAGCUCUCCUGUAUAUUUAUUGACUUCUGAUGACGAAUACCCUGUCUGCGGAACAAAUUUCUUGCCAAAUCAACUUCUUUGCCGCAAAUAUUUAGCGACGAAAUUCUUCUUUGUGGAGGAGACUUUCGAUCAUGUGCCGGGCAACGAAAAGGAUCAAGUUUCACCGAUAUGCAGAUAUAGGACGAACCUUGGAGACUUCCGACACCGCCGUACGAUGAUGCUGAAGGUAUAUAUAAACAGACAUAAAACGGGCGAAAAUCGCGGAAAGGAACUCAACAACGUGUGAAUGAAUUUUUCACCAACUUGGCGGCAAAAACUCGAACGACAAUGCUGUACUGCCAGCGUAAUUCGAUAUUCCAUGGGCAACAAAGUAAUUACAAUAUUCAUUAAUUUGACCGGCCAAAAUCGGGGUUUGUCCGGGCUAAAAAAUAUUUGGCCGGUCAUCAUGACCGGCGACCUGCUGUCCGUUAUUUUGAGCCUUGGGUCCAAAUAGCUGGAGUCUCCUGGAUUGUCUGAGAGAGUUGACAGUACUGCAGUGCAUUGAUGCCUUCAUUCUCUAGUAUAAAUAAGCAUGUUUGCAAACCUUGUUUUGAUAUUAGAAAAUUUACUUACAUAGACUAAUUUGUAGCUUGCUGCAUGCUAUUUCUUGCAGUGUUGACAUAAGAACUACAGAACUCAAAUGUCUGUCUUGUAAUCUACCAACACUUAACCGUAAGUAUGAGCAUUGAACCUCAAUAAUUAUCCAGGGUGCGUAGCAUAUGUUUUUCAUGAAAUAACUAAGAUUUCCUAAUGCAGGGCUGUCAAUAAGAUUUUAAGUUGCUAGGUAAAUACAACAAGUAGGCGGAGAAUCAAAGAGCUAAUGAUUUCUUUUGGUUCUAUUUUUCUUCUGCUUUCCUAUGAAAGUAGCCAGGGGCCACGUUCUUAGCCACCGGGGGAAAUCCCCAACCCCCACCACUUAAUGACAGCCUUGCUAAUGAGUAAGGCAGCAGGGGCCACAGGGCUCUGCUAGUGCACAGUUCUACAGCUCAAUUUAUACAAAGACAAAAGUGGCAAGGGUGGUGGGUCGGGGUUCUGGAACUCCUUAAACCCUCCACAGGGUACACCCUGGUCACAUGACAUCACUGGGCCAGCUCAACUGUAACUGUGUGCACUGGUUGAAGCUUUAAUAUUGUCACUUUUAACAAAACCUUGGUAUUUAGACAAUAAUCAUUCCUCCCAAAAAUUAAUUCAUAUUAAUUUAUUUGUUUAUUUUGUUGUAGCUGGAAAUAAGUGUUCCUAUUAUGGUGCAAGUUUUAGUUUGAAAGGAAGCUGGUACACUUUACACUGUAAAGGUAAAUAAUAAUCAUCCAAAAAUGAUCAUCUACUCUACAUCAAUUAAUUAUAUCCUUAAUAUACACCAAGUCUGCUGGAGUUGCAAGUAAAGCCCCUUAUAAUGGCAUAAUUGAUAUGAAAAAGAGUGAAGAUUGUUUGAAAGCACUUGUACUUGCACUUGUUGUUGUUUGCUUUUAUGCUUUUUCGCCAUUGAUAUCUUUAGACAACAAUUUAAACGUUUGAUCCCAAUAAUUUCACUCUGUAUUUACUGUUCUCUGUCCAAAAUGCAUGGCCCGUAAAAAGAAAAGCUGUGUAUACAUUAGUACUUUUCUAUAUAUAUUUAUUCAUUUUCUUCACUGGAUGGGAACACAACUUGCGUACGUUUUAAAACUACUUAUUUCAUUUUAGUAAACCUUCAAACAGUGGCAGGUGGUAAGAAGUGUUGCUUCAGGCAGUAAAUUUUACCAGUUUCCGCCUGAUAAGGAGAACACUGCUUGUCGCCAUCCUGUUUGGAAAUGAGGACAACAAAACAUUUUGUCACCCUAUGUAUAGUGUGAUGGCCAGUCAUAGUUGGUAGAUAUCACUUUUCUGGAAACUGAUUAGUUUGCUUUACAUUUUUUUUUAGGUCCAGAUAUACCAGAAGUAACUCUACGCAGUACACAGAAGGACCCUGAAGGUAGAGAAAUUUGUCAACUUAAGCAAUAUUUGCCUGGGGCAUGUGAAGGUCCUGUGGUACAAAAUGUAACUAAAUUAGUAAAGGUAUAUUGGCUAGAUAGAAUAACUGUUAACUGUGACAAAAGAUCGAUCGAAUUGCACCAAUCUCAUUUAGAGUCUUCAUAGCCAAUAACAUCACAGCUUAAUUCCAUCACGACUUAAUUGGCCAAUUAAAGCAAUCAUGACCAGGUCAAUAAGCAGAGCUAAAUACCAUCAACUGACGUGAUACAACUCACUUUGACUCUGAAGAUGUCACUGAUAAUUAUGUUAUCUUCUCUCAAAUGAAGAUCUCUGGAGCUUAGGUGAUCUGACGCAUGUCUCUGUGUGCUGUACAAACAGAGUAAUGGAUUAGCCACUUACGAAUGCGACAAGUUUCAGAGAGAACAGAAGAGCAGAAUGGACAUCAGGCUCUAGUCUCUCAGUCAUCGAUUUGAACAGCCACGUUGUACAUGUGAUUAUUAUAAGAACUCUUUUUACCCUAGGACAAUUGCACAGUGGAACAAUCUCCCACCAGAAAUUAUAGCAUCUACUUCACCAUGUUCAUUUAGGCAAUCCCUGUAAUUGUUGUAAUUCUUAUUAUUUAAAGCAGACUGCAAUACUCUGUUAAGAGUGAAGACUUAUUUGUGAAAUAAAUAAAUAAGAUAACUACCGCAGAGGUUGUUGGAAUUUCAGGGAGUGUUGCAAAAACCCCAUUCAGAACUACACUUACUUGGAUGAUCAUAUUUCACCUAUACUUAUUAAAUGACUCCUGGUUUCAUACCAUUCACAGUUUUUCAAUGUUUACUCUGUUUAUUUAUUCUUGUAAACCAGUCGUAGUGCCACUUCAAUACAACAGAGAUUUAAUGGACAGACUCGAUGGAGUUAAAUUGCCAGGAAUAAAGACAUACACUGUCGAAAAUGGAGAUUAUGGUAGGUGUUUCUAUUGUCAUAUCAUACUUGUUCAUUAAAAACUAUGCAGACAAAAUUGCCAGUGAUAGUAGAUGAGCACCCUGGGAUAAUAAUCUUCUUUGCAUCUGGAGGAAAUCCCUUUGAUAUCUUACAAUAGCCUGAAUUUCAGACAUCUCUUUGAGUUGAAUCUCUUUAUUGAGUAUGUGACUCAAAAGGGAUGUCUGUAAUUCAGGCUAAUCGUACAAGUGUGGUUGGUUUGCUAUUGAAGACAAAUUAAUCCAGAUGAACGGCGACCUUGAUUCAAAUUUUACUUUUUAUACUUUAACAUCCAAGCAAUUUGUGUUUGGCUCCAAUAGUAAAGUAAUUGAAAGAUGCAUUGGCCAGAACAUAAUAUUUCCACCUCCUUUCACACAGCAUAAAGUUUAUUUGUAGUUCCUCUGUGGAAGAAAUUAUUGGGCAGAGAGAGAAACAAAAAUUUCCUCAUCUUUGUAUCUUUGUAUAUGAGAGUAAAUUCACUUCUGAUGAUAGAUAAUGAUUGACAUAAUGAGAGUUGUUCGUGUAGCAAGAAUGCGUAGGAGCUAGUUAGUUGAAUAAAUCUUUACGUUUUGAAUUGUCACUUAUGGGAAUUUCAGCUGUAUCAACUUUAUGAUGAUUGAACAUUCUUUGCUUUGUAGAUCUCUAUGUUAAGGAGUACCGUCCUCCAGGUUUUACAGAGGACAAGAAAUAUGGCGUCUUGUUUUCAGUGUAAGUAUCUCACUCUUGGAAGUGAUUCAAAAUCAUCAUCAUCAUCAUUAUCAUUAUCAUUACUAUCACCAAGAAACAUUUUUCUUGGAAAGUACAACUUUAGAAAACUAAUUAUGAUAAUUUUUUAAUCUUCUUAUACAGGUAUGGCGGUCCAAGUUCACAAAAGGUAGAUACUAAAAAACUAUUAAGUUUGAUCAACAUGUAACUUGUGGAUGUUAAAAAUGAAAAUAGCAUUUGUUGUUCUCAUGCAUAAUCACUAGCAGUAAGCUAGGGAAAGACUUUUUUGAAGUGUCAAUAUUAUCAUAUUCAUCUUCUGUGAUCAUGUCCUCAAUUCUCAUGACCACAGUGUUUGAUAAAGCAUUGAUAAUACAAGGAGAAAUUUCAUGCUGAUCAGUCUUAGGGCUUAAACGGUUUAAGGGUUUGAUAACCAGGUCAUGAUGCAACUGAACUCACUGAGUGUUCAGAGAACUUUUUUUCUGAGUUUCCUGUGUCACAGACUUAUUAAUUGUCCUACAUGUACCAAAAGGUUGUGGACGCUUAUGGAUAUGGAUUUGAAACUGGUUAUCUUGUCAGCAACUUUGACUUGAUUGUGGUGAAUGUAGAUGCAAGGGGUACCUGCUGCAGAGGAGAGAGGUAAUAAUAAUAAGUAAUAAUCUUAAUAAUAAUUUAUUAAAUAAUAAUAAUCUUUCAUUGAUAAUAAAGCUAACUAUAAAAUCCUAUUUACUAUUAAUUUUGCCUAAAAGACUAUUCAGUCAAAGCGCUAUUUACAAUUCCUUUCAAUUAAAAAACCCUUAAUUUUGAUUAAAAAUUCAUUUCAAUUCAACUAAUAAUAAUAACAAAAACAAUGAUAAUAAUAAUAAUAAUAAUAAUAAUUCCAACUGAUUUCCAAACAUCUCCCAAUAAGGUGAAAGCUCAAAGCAUUUUCCUUUUUUCCCCAUGGUUUGUUGAGAUCCAGAAAUUUUGCCACCGUAGAAACAUGACAUAAUGACUUCUCCUCUCUUUUGGGUUGUAAAGUAACUAUGAGAUAUAAAUUUUGUCUUUGUAGGUUUAAGCAUGAAGUUUAUAAGCAGAUAGGGAAGGCUGAAGCUGAAGAUACAAUAGCUGUUGCAAGGUAAAACAUGCUCAAAGUUUCCACCUGGGGAGUAAGGGUGGCACAGUGAUGAGACCACUCGCCCCGCACUAAUGUGGCCUGGGUUCAAAUCUCGGCAUCAACGCCAUAUGUGGGUUGAGUUUAGUGUUGGUUCUCUCCCUUGCAGCGAGAGGUUUUUCUUCGGGUACUCCAGUUUUCCCCUCUCCUUAAAAACCAAGACUUCCAAAUUCGAAUUCGAUCUGGAACACACAGACACGUUUCAAUGAGUUCUCAUGAACUCCUAAGUGCUCCGUGGGUAAACACAUUACAACAAUUACACAAUUACAAUACAUUUUGUAUGCUGCCGAAAGGGAGAAUAUGUUGAAAAAUAAAGGCAUUUCUGGUAAUCAUUUCCUUUAUUCCUGUGCGCGUUGUAUCUGAUAAAGCAUUCAUGUACGGGCAAAUGAUAAACUGGAAUAAUGGGGUUGGAAAACCAUACAGUGGAUUCUAAUUUCGUGUUUUUUUAGUUAACCCUUUUUCUUCUAAUAGUGGCCAAAUGAAAUAUUUUGUAAAAUUUUAAGAAACACAUCGAACCAUACAAAAGUUCUGCCAAAACGGAUUCCAUUUGAAUGGUCACACCACAGGAUUUUUUCCACAUAAGCAAAAAUCAUCUGAUCAUACAGUCUCGCCAUAAGCUAUGCUAAAAGUGAAAGCUAUUAAAGGGACAAUUAACUUUAUUGGAUUGCAUUACUGGUCAAAGAAUAUUUUGUGUUUGAAUACAGUGUGAAAAUGUGAUCUUAGAAACAAUAUGGUUACAACACAAUAUGAACAGUAGAAACAAUAUGAACCUAGUAUAUGGCCUCGCUCUCCAUGAGUUCUCCAUAGCUCAAGUAAAUAGAGUGCCUGCCUGGUGUUUGGGAGGUCAUAGGUUCCAGUCCUGUCGAAGACUCAGAUUUUUUCUUUGUCACACGCUCGUGACAAGCUGAUCAUUUCAUUUUCACAAUAUGGUUACACUGAACAGUCGUUGCCAAAUAUUUCAACUAUAAGCUGGAGCUUAUAUACUAACAAUCUGUUCUGUUUUGCAGGCAUAUUGCUAAUAAGAAGUAUGUGGAUGAAAACAAACUGGCCAUCUGGGGCUGGGUAAGGAUAUAACUCUAUUACUAGUAACAACCAAAGGUAACGGAGUGCAGGCAACAACGAUCAAGGGUCAAAAUGCUUUUGUUCCAGCACUGUGCUUUGCGUAAGCUUCAUGUGAGCGAUGGUUAAAAUAUGCGUGAUUAGACUAAGCAGGGUGCAAUGAAAGUCAGUUUUACAGCCUGCCAUUCGGGCAAGCUGCAGCUAGCAUGUACUAGCCCACAAGUCAUUUCGACUAGCCCCAAAACCCUUUUUGAUUAGCACAAUUGAUAACAAUCCUUCUGUGAUUUGAAUUUCCCCAGCAAACAGUACUUGCCCAUCGGGCAAGUUAAGAACAAAAAUCACUGGCCCAAUAGCAAAAUCCACUAGCCCUGGGCUAUCGGACACGACUUUCUUUGCACGCUGGACUAAGAGUGACGUGAUCAAAGUGCGUUCUGUACAUUCCAUACAUUCAUAGUGGAAGUCCAAACAAAUGCUGGCUACAUACAUGCGACACAUGUAUAAUAACAACCCACAAGAUUCAUAACGUGUUUCAGAAACUGCUGCCUAGAAUGUGCACUCUGCAUCUUUGUAGAGAUAUCGAUGGUCCGAUCACAUGAUUGAAGAUCAAGAGAUUUUGCAAUUGUCGCUUUAUCACUUUUUUCUCACAGCUAUCACAGCUAUUUAAACCUUGUUUGUAAUUUUUAGAGGCUUAGCUUGCAAAAUAGAAUACCCAAACAAAAUUUAUUAGAAGCCUGUGUGGCAUCCUGCAUAUUUUUUUGACUGGAUUUGAAAUGCUGGGUAUAUAAUAUUGUGCUUGCUUGUCUUGUUGGUUAGUCCUACGGUGGCUUCUUGACGUCUUACAUUCUUGGUCAAAAGUCCGAUGUGUUCAAAGUUGGUAUGGCUGUGGCACCAGUUACUGACUGGCGAUAUUAUGGUAAGUAGGGCUUCUCUGGGAAAAAUUAAAACAACAACCAGGUGCUAAAAUACUUAGGCACUAGACUGUCCACACGUGCAAAGGAUGUGUAUUUUAUGGGACAGAUGUAUUAUUAGCUGUGAUUUUAAGUAAGGAAGGCUGUUGUUUCUUCAGAUUGUCUCAACAAUUUUGCAGUCAGUUUAUAAUAGUUUGGUUUGCGGGUGUCAUACUUGAGAGGGAAUUCACAUAAUAUGUCGCUAUUAACAUUAAAACUAUAUCUUUUUAUAUUGUGUUCCAGAUUCAAUAUACACUGAACGAUACAUGCUGACUCCACAGAAAAACUUUGGUGGUUAUGAGGUAACUUAUAAAUGGCAGUUUAAAGAUCCAAAGCUAGUUUGUAGAUUCUGGUUUGGUCUUACUACUAACUAGAAUGCCCUUAUCAGCCACAAAGAAGUUGCAUCUCAGAUGUACUUAUGUAUUAAUUUAUAAUUAUGUUACUAUUCAUUCAAAAUAUUUCCCCAAUUCUGAUUGGCUAAAGGCACACUCAUAAUUCACCAUAAUCAGUUACUGAUGACCAAAUUGCGAAGAAUUUUGUGUUUAACAAGGAAAUAACGUCAAAAAUGCAGCCUUCUACAGGUUAAUGCACCGUUAACCAAGAAGGCCUGGGGCAAGGUUGAGUUGUUUUCGUUGUGAAAACUAAAAUGGUCGACCCUUCACUCGUUUCAAGAGUGAGAACUACAGCUGAAACUAGGCAAAAUAAUGGCUAAAAACAUAGCAAAAAAAGCAAGAAGACAACUCAGAGGACGACAUCUGCUAUUUGGAGAAAAUUUGUCGAGCUCGACAAACCUAAACGUACACUAUCGAAGAUAAACUUAACAUCGAUGCAGGUAAGCAUUUUUUAGCUAUGUUUUAAACUAGGAAUUACUUUGAAAGAAUAAUAAAGCAAUUAAUGAAUUUGGCUUUCCUAGGAUAUGAAGAAUUAAGCAGAUCUCGGAGGGUGUUAUCCUCCUCGAUCUGCUUAAUUCUUCAUAUUCUACUCAGCCUCAUUCAUUAAUUGCUGAAUAUGAGUCUCCUAAGGGUGAAGAUAUGGUUAAGUUAAUAUUUUAUCUUUAAUUUAGUGCAACAGUUAUUCCUCCCAAUAUAGGUACACAGAAAGGGGAAAAAAUUCAAUUGUUUUCAAGUUCAAAAUUAAUUGCUAUCCUUGAUUUUGGCAAAACAUAGUUAAGGUCAUGCCCAGUAGGUCUUUAAAGAGUGGGUGUAAACAAGGUUAAAGAGGUUCCAUCAGCCAUGAGCCCUGACACUCUAAAUGGCAAGUUUUUUCUAAGACAUUUUUUAUGGUUAACUUCUUUUAAGACUUGCGGUUAUAAUUUUCCAAUUCUUAAUGACUGAACAACAUUUUAAGGACAUAUUUAACAGUCUCAACCUCUUACUGUUAAAAACGUGAAUGUUUUAUUUAUUUUUUUGCAUAGUCAUAAGUGCAUGCUUGCAUACUUACUUAUCUUAAAGAUCAGCAAGACUUUUAGUAUUUGCUAUGUAGUAAAUGUAUAAUUCAUUUCAGGUAUCAUCUGUACUACCCUUGGCUCCAAAUUUCUCGAAUGACAGUUUUCUUCUAGUGCAUGGGACUGGAGAUGGUGAGUUGAGAGAUUGCAAUAAAUUGUCUCAGCUGUAAGGUUGUUAUCCAACUCUCUCAUCCAGGUGCAUUACGUUAAUGCUAGGUGGUAACCCUGUGAUGGUCUGUAUAUAAUUUCAAUGCUGGGUGGUAAUCCUGUGAUGGUCUGGAAUUCAGCUGAUGGGCCACUUAUCAUUGUUAUUUUAAGGGAACUUGCAACUAUUCAUUCAUUGCACUAAUAUUUACUUUUGGGGUUAUUUGGGCCAAGAAAGAUGGAUGUAAUGUUGAGCUGUGUUAUUAUUAGAUGUAGAGAUUCAUUUAACACUACUAGGCCAUUUUCACAAUGAUGUCUACAGCGUUUUGCUUUCUUAUGCAAAAUCAGGGCUUACCAAAUUUAAAUAUGAAAUGAAAAACAGAAAAGGAUGUGCAAAUGAACUAUUGCUUUGCAUUUUGUUUUUUGAAAUCAAUAUUAUUUUAAAUGAGGUUUUGAAAUCUCUUUUAAACCUAUGAAAAUGAAUUUGAAUGAAAAUAAAAUAAAACUUGCACCAAGGAUGAGAGGAUAAAGUUGAAUUACAACAUUAUCGUUAUGUUAUGUAAUAAAAUAUUAUUACAGCCCCCUUAGAAGGUGGGGGUGCGCCAUCUAAUUCUCUAAAUCCUGGCCCUUUUUCAGACCAAAAAAUGUCAUUUUCACACCUGUUUUCAGACCUGGGGCCCGUUUCUCGAAAGUCCCGGUAACUUUUCGGGCCCGAAAUCAAAUAUUCAAAUCGAAAUAUAAGAAUGGCGGGUCCCGGCUAGCAAACCACUCGAUUUUGUUUCAUUAGCUGAUAGUUUUAUCACAUUAGAUGCAAAACUAUUGAAACCUCGAUCUUUAAUGUAAACGGAGACAGCUUACCGGGCCUGUUAAUUAUCGGGACUUUCGAGAAACGGGCCUCUGGCCUCUAAGAAAUUAUGUCAUCAUUACUCAGAUUAGAACAGCAACAAAAAAGAUUUCUUAAAAAUCCAUUUUGAAUUUGUAUAUUUCUCGUUCUUUCUUACUCAUUUGGAAUUGAAACGAUAAAUACGUUCAUACAAUCUGGUAGUUUCCUUGAAAACCAUGCCUGAUUCUAGACCAAAUUCAGUGGGCAAAGUCUAUUCCGGUCUUCAGACCAAAAUGGCACAAAAACCCUACCUUUGUGGUGGCAAAAACCUAUAUGGCUUAUAUAAGGGAGUGUCUCCCCCCCCCCCACACCCUCCAGGGGUGCUACACUCUAUGAGAGGUCAACAUCAACACUUGGCAGUUGAUGGAUGGCCUUCUCUUAUACAAGGCUGUGCUCUAAGGAAAACUGAAGGGAGCCCAGUGCUCUGAAACUGUAAAAUCUAGGGUGCCCAGCAUAUGAUUUGUAUGAAAAAUCUGAGAUUUUCUAGUCGCCCGAGGGCAAAAGUUAGGCGCCAGGGGCCACCGGGCUCUGCUAGAGCACAGCCCUGCUUAUACCUUGUUUACUAUUUAAUACACCUUUGUGAUUUUCUCCUUUAGACAAUGUACAUUUUCAGAAUACUGCACAACUAGUAGCGGCCUUAACAAAAGCUGGUGUUAAAUAUCAAGUUCAGGUAAGUGUCUAAAGUAUAAACAUGUAAAAUUCACACAACAUUAAGCCAUCUUCAGCUUCAUUUGAUAGUAGUUCAACUGAUGCUUGAGGAUUUUGACAAAACAUUGACAGUAAAUUACUCCGAGAAGCUUUCACUUGUUUGGUCACACCUUACAUUUUGUUGGCACCGUCCAAAGUUGUUAACACUUUUCUUACUUCUCUCUUCAGUUUUACACAGACAAGAACCACGGACUGUUAGGAAAAGAGACGCAACGACACUUAUUCCAACUGUUGACUGACUUUCUUACAACUCAACUUAGAAUUUAAAUAAUAAUUUAAAAUGUAAAGUAAUUUCUUUUGUAUUAAUUUUGAUUAUAUUCAACUCCUUGACCUUUUAACAGUUAGAGCACUGCACAAAAUUAAGCUAGAGGAUAACCCAAUGAGCAGAAAAUAGUAGGACAGGAUAGAAUAAAAGAGGUUUCAUUUUUUGUCGACUGUUCAGGGAUGGAACCAUUAAAUUCAGAAAGGGGAUGUGGGACACUAUCUUCUUAAACUGGCCCUGGUUGUCCAAAUGUUAGAUAGCACUAUCUCAUGAAUAUAAUAGUACCUUGUUAUUAUCCUCUGGAUAGGAUUUAUCCACAGUUCAAACAGCUCAACCCUGGGCUAAUCUUUUACGAUCUGAUAAAGUCUGAUAGGAAAAAAUAGGCAUUUUCACGAUUUGUCCCAACAGCUUUUGUCCGGGGUUGUAGCUUCAGCUUGCCCAAAUGGCAAGCUGUAAAAAUGAUUUUCCUUGCACCCUGCAUGAAAAAGUUGUCACAAUGCAUGGUAUAUUUUUCUUCUUUCUUCAGUUUUACCCCGACAAGAAUCAUGGGCUCAGUGGUGGGGGAACUUCCGAUCACUUAUACCAUCUACUCACAAGAUUCCUGCUUGAAAAAUUGUCCAUUGGCAGUUGAUGUUAAGUAUCUAGCUUUGUCAAAUACUCAACAAGACUGUUUACAGCCUCUUUAUUUUCGCAACAAACUGGAAGGUACUUAACCCUUUAAGCCCCAAUAUCCACAAACAAAUUCCCCAAACUGAUGUCUAUACAUUUCCUUACGGAAUAAGUUGGGAGAAAUUGAUAAAAGAUCAGAGAUUCUUCUCUUUGUGAUCAUUUGAUUAAUUCUCAUAGAUGUUGCACUUGACAAUCUAUGGAUAUUGUUAGGAGAAAAUUGAUGUUGGUCACUAUUGGGACUUAAAGGGUUUUAACAAAAUAAUAGUAAAGGAGAGAAGCACUUGUAAAGCAUACACAGGUAUAGCAUGCGAGCGAGCUGUCCUUCUCGAAUGGAGAGCAAAGGAAGCUGUAAGAGAACAUAUGAGCAACUCCCCAAGAUGGAGAAAUUGCUCAUGACCAGAGGGGGUUCUGGUAGGAGAAGGCAUGUGAGAGAAUAUUUUUUCUUGCUUUCCGCUCCCCACCCUCUGUUGCUGUGCAUUGAUUUAAACAAUGCAUCUAGUUAGUACCUUCAUAACAUAAUAUGAAAAAAAUAAUAUUGGCUGGAAACAGUCUUAAUAAUAGUUUAAAUUUAUAUUUUUAUUAAAGACUAAAAUAAUUUUUGUUGUUAAUCGAGUUAAGUUCAUUUGUCUUGACAAAAGAUGGGAACCUUCAUUCAUUUUUAAUAUUGUGCCCAAAAAAAUUAAAGGAGGAAUUCUAAAUAAAACCUUUCAAUUAAUAUUGGCCUCUAAAAACUGGGUUUUAUCAGUUAAAGCAUUGUUAUAAUGGUUGAUGUGUAUUAUAAUAUAAUGGUAUAAAAUUAACUUAAGUUUUCCAAGUUUUCCCACCUCUUUGAACAUUAUUUUUAGCGAUACAUAUAGUUCUUUAACGAGCUCUUUUGAAAAGAGACUGAAUUUCGCUGUCAGACAUUAUAAUUAUGUAAAACAAGGGUUUAAAAGUACUUUUUUUGGGGGGGUGGGGGUCCACUGCAUUGAAGCAGCUCUGUGGGCUGCUAAAUUAAAAGUUAAGGGGCAAUAUACUUACUCACAAGCUUCUAAGUAUUUAAUUAUGGUGGUGUUGUCUAAGUUAUCUCCAAAUAUGAUUAAAUUAACUAAGAUAGGUAAGUUAAUUGUGUAAUUUAAUGAGUGACUUGGCUCAAACAAGGUUAUUGUAAAAAACGUUUUUGAAGACUUAGCAUUGUAAAAAGCCCACUCACAGCUAAAUAUCCUGAAGUGUUUUUUGAUGCUCAACCAAAAUCGGCAAAAUUCCACAUCAAGUGUGGACUUUUCUGUAUAUUCAAAACAGAUAUAUACAUUUAUUUUUGGAAAACGUGCAGCUGGUUACUGUUUUAAUUUUAUAGUUUGAGAUUUUUCAUUGUUUGGAAAGUCUAAGAUAUAAAGAAAAGUAGAGAAAGCUCAUUUAAGAUUUUAAAGAAAGCUUAUUAAAACUGUGUGAACUUUAUUUCAUUUUUCUUUGAUGCUUCCUUGAUACUUGGUAAAAUAAAAUUAUUAUUAUUAUACAGUUUCGUUAAACAUUUUAAAUCUAUUGUCAUAUAGUAAUGUAGUAAUAAAGUGCACCUAAAUCCCUCACUCAUUAAAAUUGGAAAAAGUACUUAAUUAUUAUUUUGUUUGUUAUUGUCAUUACUUUUUAAAGUCUAGUAAUGGACAAGGAGAGAAAGUAUUAGACAUGUAAUGUUUGCCCUAUGUUACGAUGGAGGUCAGACAUGCUGUGAUCUCUUAGCAUGAUGUUGGAGACUUUUAAGAUGCCACCACAGUGACAACAACAAAAACGUCAACAAAGAAUAGGCAAAACAACAACUACUCUGCAAGUGCAUCAUACUUUUUUGUACAGUUCUUGGCCACCACUGCACGAGUACAACAGGAAAUGCCUAAUUUCAUGUUUUAUGGAGGACAUAAACAAGCGAUGGCUAAAUUUUCUUUCUCUUUCUGAACUUGAAUAUGAUUCUUGGGAGUUCGGCUCAAAAAGAGUUUGCUUGCAUUUGACAAAGUAAAUGAGUUGGAGUAAUUGCGAUAGAGAUUGCAAGAACGCAAAUUCACUUUUUUUUUUUU